UUUGUAUUACAUCACAUUUUGGAAUUAUGAAUUGUAAAAAUAUCCCAUUAAAAUUUUAACUUUUAACUGACAUAUGGAUUUUAUUUCAUUGAAAUAAACAUUAAAACUUAAAACAGACAAGAAAAUAGUGAAAAUAAAAAAACAAACAACGAAACAAGGGAUAAUGCCUAAACAAUUACAGGGUGAUACUACCACCGCAGCAACCGCAACCGCCAACACUCCGACGUCGACGACUGAUGUCGUCGUGAAUAAACUAUCCGGAUUUAAUUUACCAAAUAAAAAAUGGAAUGUCCUACGUACCGGUGUUAUUUGGGCGCAACGUUUAAAAUCUGUGAAAACUACUAAAAGUGAUGGGAAUUUCUCACAUUUGAACAAUAACAGUGGGAAUCAAGUGAAUAAAGAUUAUGGCGUGCAUGGAAGGCUUACAAAUGAGGAUUAUAAAAAUAAUACUACCACCAGUAAUAAUAAUAAUAAUAGUAAUAAUAAUAAUAAUAAUGUGAAUAUAUUUGCUCAUUUAGCACAGCGUGCUGUGUCGAAUACAACAAAAUUAACUGAAAAAGAUUAUGAUUAUAUUGAUAAGAAGCAGAGACGUGGUGUAAUUAAACACUGUGCGUCAGCGAAACAAUUGACAAAAUCGUUUCCAUCGUCUACAAGUGUAAACACUCUGAUCAGUAAAUCGAACAGUGCUAAUCUGACAAAUGAUCCACCGAAGAGUCCAAUCUUACACACUUCAAUAUUUCCAUUGUCAUCACAAGAAUAUCGUAAAGAUUAUAAAGGGAUACGAUUCACCUGUGAAGCUAAAGAUGAUUUAAAGUCGAAUAAUCAAACCAGUAACAUUAUCUUAACUGGAAAUUCAAAUACUUCUAUUACUACUACUACUACUAAUAGUAAUACUACUGAUAAUGCUAACCAUCAGCAACAACUGACUACUGUACCGUGUAAAAGAAUCAGUUUUAAUUUAAAAGAUAAUUUAAAAGACACUAAAGAAGCAUGUUCGAAUGAUACGUCACCUGAGAAAGUGAUGACUGCAUCAAUUUUCAGUGGAAUAUGGCCAACAAAUCCUUAUUCACCAUUACCGUCACCGGAUAUUUAUCAGUUGGAUGAUGAAUUCGAUGCAGACUCUUUCAAUCUGGAUGCAAAAAUAAAAACAUGCAAUGAAAAUCAAAUGACUGAAUUAAAGCGGAUUAUUGCUUAUAUCUAA